UAGAUUUUCUUGGAUAUGGCCGCUGUUUCGGCAAUACAACAUCUGUAAUGUUUUGUAAAUUUCAUUUUUAAAAUGAAUAAAGUUUAUUUUAUUAAUGCAUAGUGUUUAGUGUAUUCGGUUCAGUACUGUGAUAUUUGUAAUGGAUGCAGAUAGCGAGAUAGAAAAAAAGAAAAUUGAUGCAGUCCAAACUAUAGAGACAAUUCAGUCAAUGAUCGACGUUUCAGCGGAAAGACUUGAGGGUUUACGGACACAAUGUUCCACAAGCGCCGAACUGACGCAGCAGGAGAUCCGGACCCUGGAGGGUAAACUAGUGAAGCACUUCUCACAGCAGCUAGUGAUCAAAGCAAAUUUGGAUGAUCAGUUGCGAUUAAAGUUCUCUAAUGUACCGAAUCUGGCGAAAUGGCUCAGGGUGGUUGGGCUUUCGCCUGAAUCUAUUGAGGUGGUCUUAUCAAGGGUAUCAACAUUGGAGAGCCUACGAGAACGGUCAGACGCCGAAAUGCGGUUGAUACUGGCGGAGGCGCGCGAAGAGGAGGUGCUCCGAUUGUGUCGAGCCAUGCAACGAUUAAGAACUUAUAUGGAGUCGUUGAGUCGCGGCGACGCCAACACGGAGCUCCAGCUGUUCUGGGACUCGUGGGAGCGGCACGUGCGCGCCUCGCCCCGCCCGCACCGCCCGCGCCACGAGACCCACACUGCGCACAUCAAGAAAGGUGGUAAAUCUCCAACGACACCGGUGAGCAAACGGAAGCAGAACGCCAGCCUGCCGCCUCCCGACGCUCCCCUCAUCAAGUCCCGGUCUCACGAGUCGCAGUUGUCCGUGAAGCCCGACGCUUCGGAUCAUAGUGACAACAGCCAGUCGUCAGCGGUAGGAGGGGGCAGUCCCCCCGCGUCCCCGCACGAGCCCGAAAACACGCCGCUGCAUCGGCCGCUGCACCAGUACAAUAACCAUACGACGCGGCGCUGCGAGCGGUGUCCGGUCCCGAGCCGGGCGGGCGGCGAGGAGGCGGAGCGGGCGCGGGCGCGGGCGGGCGGGCCGCAGCCGGCGCCGCGCACGCCGACCGUGAGCCGCUGCAUGGCGCACGACAUCGCGCACCGCUUCACCAAGACCUUCAACAUGAUCGCCACGUGCGACUACUGCGACAAGCAGAUGCUCUUCGGCUCCGGCCUCAAGUGCAAGGAGUGCAAGUUCAAGUGUCACAGGGAUUGUGAAAGUAAGGUGCCUCCUUCGUGCGGCCUGCCCCCAGAGUUCGUUGUGGCGUUCAAAGAGAAAUUCCACAAAGACGGGGGGUACAGCUACACGCGCGGCGCGGGGCUGCUGGCCUCGCUCACCGGGCGCCCGCGACGCCGCCACCGCGCGCCGCCCGCGCUGCACCACGCGGCCGGCAGCGGCGCGGACUCGUCGUCCAACAACUCGUCGUGCAACAGCUCCACGCCCUCCUCCCCCGCGCUGCAGCCCGCCGCCACCCCGCAGCCUGCCCCCCUGCCCGCCCCGCACCCGCCGCACAAGUUCCACUUCCCAGAAGUAAAAACCCCCGCGUCGAGUCCGAACCACCCGACGAUCGCGCAGUCGCCUGCCAAGUCGAUAGCGGAGCACAAGGAGGAACACACGAAUAGUAAUAAAAACGAGGUCACCCGCGAGCUGUCCCUGACCGGGUCCGGCUCGACGGACAGCGGGGUCCGCGCGGACUCGCUCGACAAGCACUCGAACGCGCGCUGGCCGCGACAGAACAGCUUGUCGAUGAAGGAAUGGGACAUACCUUAUGAUGACGUGAAGAUAUUCGAGGUGAUAGGGGCGGGCAGGUUCGGCACCGUCUGCCGGGGCAGCUGGCACGGAGCCGUCGCCGUGAAGCUGCUGCACGUGCUGCCGCUCAGCGACGACGGUUCGCUGCUCGACACCUUCAAGCAUGAGGUUUCAAUAUUCCGGAAGACCCGUCACGAGAACCUGGUCCUGUUUAUGGGGGCCUGCAUGAAGCCGCCCCGGCUCGCGAUAGUGACAUCAUUGUGCAAGGGCAUGACGCUCUACACGCACAUCCACCUGCGGAAAGACAAGUUCACCGCCAACAAGAGCGUGCUCGUGGCGCAGCAGAUCUCACAGGGUAUGGGCUACCUACACGCCCGAGGCAUCAUCCACAAGGACCUGAAGACGAAGAACAUAUUCUUAGAGAGCGGGAAGGUGGUCAUCACGGAUUUUGGUCUCUUCAGCGUCACUAAAUUGUGCUUCGGGAAUAACGCCCGCGGCGACAGUCUCGGCAUCCCGUCGGGCUGGCUGUGCUACCUGGCGCCCGAGAUCAUCCGCGCCCUCCGCCCCCACGCCUCCCUGCUCCUGCCCUUCUCGAAGGCCACCGACAUAUACGCUUUUGGCACGGUUUGGUACGAGCUCCUUUGCGGUGAAUUUCCCUUCAAGGGCCAACCUCCGGAGUCGAUCAUUUGGCAAGUCGGUAAGGGCGUGAAGCAGUCCCUUGCGAACAUGCAAGCUUCUAGGGAUAUAAAGGACAUCCUGAUGGUAUGUUGGUCGUAUCGUGCAGCUGACCGUCCCGAUUUCCCGUCUCUCCUCAACACUCUACAGAAGCUUCCCAAGAAGAGACUGGCGCGCUCUCCAUCCCACCCCGUGCACCUGUCCAGGUCCGCUGACUCGGUCUUCUGAGGAAGACCUCCCCAGUGCAACUCGCCGGACUUCGGGCGCUCAGUGCAGUCGGUGCCGAGAUACGUCGCCUUCGAGAUCAAUCUAUGAGGUUCGGUUGUGCGACUCUGGACACUAAGUUCACCACGUUAAGGUCUAAAACGGUCAUACGUUCAGAAAGAAAUUACUAUGGAACCGCCUUUAAAUCGGUGUCUCAUUUCAGUGAUAGUUUUACUUAAGUUAUGAUUUGCCCAUGCGAUUCUUAACUCUAAGUAAAUUGAAUCGAGGUGGAAAUUCUAGAUCCUUUAUCAUUAUUUACCGAAUCGAACCACUUUGAGAUUGUGCAUAAUGGUCUAUUUAGCUAAAGAACUGCUUCAGAAUCUGUCUCAAACAAUUCCGAUUGAUAUCAACUUGAAAUAAUUGGAAUUUAUUAAGUGUUUCAAAUUAUAUUGAAGUAGUUUUGUUCGUGUAUGUUUGGGUAUACACCCAAAUGAUUUUUUUAACUUGUCUUUUGAAAUAAUUUAAAGGCAACGAUAAUUAUGUUACAUAACAUAGUUGUUUCAUUGGAAUCAAAUUUCAGAGUCAUUUUUAAUAAGUCUUUGAAUAUUAUGGAUUUGAAAAUAAGUACUUGUGUUUUAUAUCAAAAUCAGAGGCAAUGAAUUCUAGACCCUAUUGACUUGCAUAUAAGUAAUUGUUUUGUAUCAAAAUCAGACAUAAUCAAAUGUUUCACCUGAACUUCUUCGUUGAAUUGUCAAUUGCACAAAUUAAUGCGAGACUGUGCAUCUUAAAAUUUUGUCAAUGCCUCGUAGUCACAGUUGAGGUAGACUGAAUUGGAGAUCAAGUCAUAAUAGUUUUUCCAUGUGAUUCUGAACCCAAUUUACAAGGAAAUACAGUCGACUUGUUUGGCAAUUUCAGUUUUAAAGAAAACCAAAGCCGGAGCUACUGUAUUAAUUUUUGUUAUGUCAGGCAAUUUUGGACCUUACGAAUUACGCCUCCAAACUAUAAUUUUAUUAUAUUGCACUCUGUUUUCCUUACAAUACAGCUACAGUAAAAACAAUUACAAAACGUAUGGACGUUAACUGAAGCUGUUUUUGAGUUAAUAUGUAUAAGCACUUCGACUUUGAGAUUAUCGCUAAGGUUCACCACAAACUUACGGUCGAACAAACUGGGACUGCUGCCUAAAAACGAAACGUAAAACGAAAUGUUCCUAGUCUAACAAGACGUUCAGUAAAAUAAAUUAGAAUUUUAUUUUAAUUGAAGGACGAAGCAUUAUGUACUAAUUAUUAUUUUCUGUAUUAAAAAAAAAAAACGAACUAUCCAAAUAGUGUUUUAUAUUGUUAUUUAUGAACUGAAGAAAUUUAUAGCAGAACAUGCUAUUAGAUAGUAGGUGAAGAAUUUAAAUGUGUUAAGCUUAAAACUCAGUGUAACCCGAAAACGUAUUGCCCAUGUGAAAGUAAAUAGAUUUUAUCUGAUAAAAUACCCACCCAAAACAUUGUUUUGUUAAUUGAUGUUGGAAGUCAGUCCUUUGGAAUGCAUUACUCACUACAGGAACUAGCGGAAUGUACGUACCAGAGCACUGGCUCAAAAUAGGACUUAUGUACCUAAAAGUACAUACUACUUAAUUAGGAAAUUUAAUAUUCUGAUUAUUUAUUUUUUCUUCUAAGCAAAAUUUUAUUUCUAAACAUACAACAUAUUUAUAACUUGAUAAUUAAAAUCUGAAAAAACCAAUAAACUCAUAUAUUUUUUUUUAUCAGAUAAAACUUAAUUGUUAUUACAGAUUUUUUGUACUUUGAAGAAGUUAACUCCCAAAUUUAUCUUUCCUUUAAGAUGUAAUUGCAUUCAUAUAACAAACGGGUUAAUGAUACUUAGUGUAUAUUAAUAAAUAUUGUAAAAUAUGUAAUAAAGAACUUUGUAAGUAUAAAUAUCUUGAUCUCUUUUUAACAAUAGAAUUAAAUUAUAUUUUGAUAUUUAAUUAUUGAUUAAAAGAAAAAAGAUACAUGAGAAUUGACUGCUUUGUUAAUAUGAAAAAUUUAAUAUAAUAAUAUGUAAAUAAAUGUGUACAGUGUUACGUAUUUUAUGCUGUGAUUCAUAUUCUAUAAUCUAUAGCAUUGUUUUUUUAAUACUUUUGCCUCGAUCUUUAACAGAAAGUAGAAAGUUGAGUUAGUGUAAAUAAAACUUAUUGUUGUUUAAUUAAAUUAUAACAUACAUUCAAUGGAAAUUAAACUUGACCUAUAACUCCAGUUUGAAGUUUGGGAAUGUCAAUUGUUAAAAGUCAAAGUCGAACACAGUUUGACCCAUACAAAGUUAAAAAACUUGUUUGUUCUCACCUUGUAACUAAAAUAGUUUAAAAGAAAAAUUACAUACUUACUUUAAUAAAUUGUUGUUAAAAGACUAAAAAAUAAUUGAGAUGGAAUUUAAAUAAAUUCACCAUUGCAGGAACGUGUUGAGAAAUAACAUAAAAGUGGAAAUAUAUUAGAAAUAGUGAAAAAUAAGGGUAUUAUUUUUGCUGAACGACCAACUCAAGUUUGUUGAAUUUACAUAAGAAAAUAUAGUUAAAUUAGUCUUAAAUUAUAAUUAAAGUGUUCCGAUGAUAAUGUAAAUAUUGUUUGAUUCUGUGACUACAUUUUUAAAGAGUUCUGAAGUGUAAAAUCUUUUAAAAUAAACAGCAAAAAAAAUAAAAACCUGUACGAAGACUUUGGUAUUAUGUAUAUAUUGUGGCUUUGUUCAAAUUUAAUAUGAAAUGUAUUUAUGUCAUAAGUAUUGGAAUGCUACAUGUCCUGAAUACAUGUCCAUAGCAGUUUUCAUUAUGUAUUGAGAUUUCAAAAUUAGAUUAGCAUUUGCCAAAAUAAAAUUUCCAUCACUGUUUUA